GCGUACGUUACUUUCCGCUAUUACGCUAGGUUAUUAACGAUUCCACACAUUCGAACGUCGGUCAUAUCAACUCUAUUCGGCCGUGAGGUUUAUGGAGGAUUACGGACGAUCAGGUCUAGAUUCUUUAAAUGUGCUGGAUAAUAUCUAUCCGUGUGUAAUCUUGGAGCCCUCCGCAUUCCAGGCUAGGGAGAGGAAGGAUGCUGUAGCCUACUAAAAUAUGCGCUACUGAAGUGUUUUACAUUGGCCAAUAGCCCAGCCUCAACAGUGCGACUGCAUUUUGACUGGACUCGACGAUAGAUAACAUAAUAUAAUAUGACUUCCAUUUGCUAUGUGUUAUAUAUGUACGUUUGUAUUUGUCAUCCAACUGGACUAGCCUGUAGAAUAGACUACAGUCAUCGCCUUAGGAACCCGAGGGAGACAUCAUUAUAAUAAGCUACUUUAGUGCAACGUGACGUGCAACAGCGGGAAAGACGGUCGAGUCCUAUUAGGUGAGAUUGAGUGUAUGUGUUACGCUAAAGUGGCUUGUGUUUCCUCAUGUGGAGUGUUUUUCGUCGAGGAGGAUACGCUCGCGUUGUCGGAUAAUUCCCUCGUCAGGGAUCGGUUGACUCCCUUCUUUAUUCCAUCUCGCUCUCACACACACGGUGCGCGUGGCCUCGCCCGGGAGCAACCGGGUCGCCUAUUACACGGGCUUCUUUUUACUGCAUCGGCAAGAAGGAGAGAGAACCGAGGAUAAAACAACGGGAGGAAAGGACCGGAGGAGAGAAGAGGAGAGGCGGGAUGAAGGAGGAGACGCAGUGAACGACAGAGGAGGAGGAGGGAGACUCGAACGUUCGAGGCUCUCCUGACGUGCCUGGUGGUAUCGUGUCCUGACUCUCCCCCCCGUCAUGGCUCUGUCACUGUGGUUCCUGUUUGUGUCUGUCACCACCCUAACUCACGUUGCCCCCUCUGGCCAAGCUAUGUCCAGAGCUGCGAUUCCCUUCGGCAUCCUGAGGAGGGAGCUAGCGUGUGAGGGCUACCCGAUCGAGCUGCGUUGUCCAGGAAGUGACGUCAUAAUGAUUGAGACGGCAAACUACGGACGCACGGACGACAAGAUCUGUGACGCCGACCAGUUUCAGAUGGAGAACACACAGUGUUACCUCCCAGACGCACUGAAGAUCAUGGCCCAGAGGUGUAACAACAGGACCCAGUGUGUAGUGAUAGCAGGAGUAGAUGUGUUUCCAGACCCCUGUCCUGGUACAUACAAAUACCUGGAGAUACAGUAUGAAUGUGUUCCUUACAUCUUUGUGUGUCCUGGUUCUCUCCUGAGCGUUCAACCGGCUACUUCCUUAUUGGAGGCGGAGCAUCAAUCUGGGGCGUGGUGUAAGGACCCGUUGCAGGCUGCUGAUAGGCUGUAUGUCAUGCCCUGGACACCCUAUAGGACGGAAGUUCUGUAUGAGUAUGCUUCAUGGGACGACUACAGGCAGAACAGAGUCACCACCACUUACAAGUGAGAGAGGGGUGUGUGUGUCUAGUACGUGUAUGAGAUAGAGACAUUUACAGAGAUUGAGAGAGACAUUUAGAGAGAUUGAGAGAGACAUUUAGAGAGAUUGAGAGAGACAUUUAGAGAGAUUGAGAGAGACAUUUAGAGAGAUUGAGAGAGACAUUUAGAGAGAUUGAGAGAGACAUUUAGAGACAUUUAGAGAGAUUGAAAGAUACAUUUACAGAGAUUGAGAGAGACAUUUAGAGAGAUUGAGAGAGACAUUUAGAGAGAUUGAGAGAGACAUUUAGAGAGAUUGAGAGAGACAUUUAGAGAGAUUGAGAGAGACAUUUAGAGAGAUUGAGAGAGACAUUUAGAGAGAUUGAGAGAGACAUUUAGAGAGAUUGAGAGAGACAUUUAGAGACAUUGAAAGAGACAUUUAGAGAGAUUGAGAGAGACAUUUAGAGAGAUUGAGAGAGACAUUUAGAGAGAUUGAGAGAGACAUUUAGAGACAUUGAGAGAGACAUUUAGAGAGAUUGAGAGAGACAUUUAGAGAGAUUGAAAGAGACAUUUAAGAGACAUUUAGAGACAUUUAGAGAGAUUGAGAGAGACAUUUAGAGAGAUUGAGAGAGACAUUUAGAGAUGGAGAGAGGGAGAGAAAGAAACAGAGAGAGAGAGAGAAAGAGAGAGACAUUGGGAGAGAGAGAAACAGAGAGAAACAAAAACGGUGUGUGUGUAUAAUGUAAACUAUUUGUCUGAGAGAGAAACAGAGAGAAACAGAGCGGGAGACAUUGGGAGAGAGAGAGAAACAGAGAGAAACAGAGAGAGACAUUGGGAGAGAGAGAGAAACAGAGAGCAACAGAGAGCAACAGAGAGAAACAGAGAGAAACAGAGAGAGACAUUGGGAGAGAGAGAGAAACAGAGAGCAACAGAGAGAAACAGAGAGAGACAUUGGGAGAGAGAGAGCAACAGAGAGAAACAGAGAGAGACAUUGGGAGAGAGAGAGAAACAGAGAGAGACAUUGGGAGAGAGAGAGCAACAGAGAGAAACAGAGAGAAACAGAGAGAGACAGAGAGAAACAGAGAGAAACAGUGUGUGUGUAUAAUAUAACUAUUUGUCUGAAGUCCUCUUCAACUCUAUGGAUGUCCUAUGUAUAUGUAUUUAUUCAUGUGAUGUAUCCAGUUUAUUUGGACAGGGACAAUGUACCACAACACCAGUUUAUUUGGACAGGAACAAUGUACCACAACACCAGUUUAUUUGAACAGGGACAAUGUACCACAACACCAGUUUAUUUGGACAGGAACAAUGUACCACAACACCAGUUUAUUUGAACAGAGACAAUGUACCACAACACCAGUUUAUUUGGACAGGAACAAUGUACCACAACACCAGUUUAUUUGAACAGGGACAAUGUACCACAACACCAGUUUAUUUGGACAGGAACAAUGUACCACAACACCAGUUUAUUUGGGCAGGGACAAUGUACCACAACACCAGUUUAUUUGAACAGGGACAAUGUACCACAACACCAGUUUAUUUGGACAGGAACAAUGUACCACAACACCAGUUUAUUUGGACAGGGACAAUGUACCACAACACCAGAAGUCUCAGAACACUGAGAAAUGAUG